AUGUCGCGGGCGGGGAGCGAUGGCACUGCCGCGCUGGAGCGGGCCGGGGCGGAGACGGUGAAACGGGCGGUGCAGCUGGACGUGGCGUCCCGGUUCCAGGAGUCGCUUGUGUGUUACCAGGAGGGCAUCGACCUCCUGCUGCAGGUGGUGAAAGCCACGACAGAUGAGGCGAAAAAGCACCGCUACCGGCAGAAGAUAUCCGAGUACAUGACCAGAGCCGAGGACAUUAAAAAACACAUUAAGAAAGAGAAACAAGAUGGCAAAUACCAUAAGCAAAUCAGGAUAGAAGAAAAUGCAACAGGUUUUGGCUAUGAAAAGCUUUUCCAUGAGUACCUCACUGAGAUUGUUUCUGAAGUUUGGGUGGAGGACCCCUACAUUCGGCAGGUUCAUCAGUUGUACAACUUUCUACGAUUCUGCGAGAUGCUAGUUAAGGGGCCAUGCAAGGUGAAAACAAUCCACCUCCUUACUUCCUCUGAUGAGGGUAGUGGGAGGAGUCAACAGAUGACUGCCUUGGAAGAAAUAAAACAGUCAUUGAGCAAUUAUGGAGUAACACUGAAUAUUGACUUUUCAUCUUCAAUACAUGAUAGAGAAAUCAGAUUCAACAAUGGGUGGAUGAUUAAGAUUGGAAGGGGUCUUGAUUAUUUUAAGAAACCACAGGGUCGUUUCAGCAUUGGAUACUCUGACUUUGACUUGAGACCUUGUCAGGAAACAACAGUGGAUGUCUUUCAUACUAAACACACAAAGAAAAUGUGAUCAGAAAUUACUGUUUUUAGUAAGUGUUUUCUUAAGCAUAAAAAUGUAAGACUGAAAGAUGUUUCUUGAGUCCAGCUGGUUGCCCACAGAAGCAACUCUUCUAAGUCCUUAGUGCAGUACAGCUUUUAUAAUCUGUAUGUUUAAGAAUAUUUGAGACUUUCCAGUCUGAGAAAACAAAACUGCAUGAUUCCUUCACUAUACUUCUUCUGUAAUCUUAAUUAAUACAAUCCCUGUCUAAAUUUAAUCUUGAUUUCAUAACAGACCCUCAAUAGUGUCUUUCAAAAGCCUCUUUACUACCAUUUCUGUUUUUACUGUUGAUUUUGUUUUGAGCCUGUUUUAGAUUUUGUAACUGAUCACCUCACAAUCAUUGGAAGCUAUGCUGCCACAUGCCCUCUUCAAUAAGCAGUCUUAUUUAUUUCCUUUAAUUCCUGUAUUCUAGUCAUGACUACUAUUUUGCAGGGUUUUUGUCAGUCUUAACGAGUAGUACCAAAUUUCACAUUCCAUUUUCCUCGCUC